CCUCACUGUAGCUUUAAAUGCUGUCGUAGAGCUCACGCGAAAUCCUAAGCUUGCCUGCGCGGAUCAUCACAAACUCCAAAAUGCAUUCUCCAAACCCUCCGAAAUCCAACAACCACCUACCAUGCCAUCCGCCGUUGUAACAGGCGCCACAGGCCUGUUAGGUCGACAAGUCCUCAAAACAUUCGACGAAGCAGGUUGGCAAACGACAGGUACAGGCUUCAGUCGCGCCUCAGGCGAGAUCCGCAAGCUCGACAUCCAAGAUGAAGAAGCCGUGACGCAGCUCUUCGCAGAAAUCAAACCUCAAGUCGUCGUGCACUGCGCCGCGGACCGCCAACCUGAUUCCUGCACCAAGAACCCCGAAGCAGCACACCGACUCAACGUGACCGCAACCGAGACCCUUGCCAAAGCCGCAUCCUCCCAAAAUGCUCUCCUCAUCUACAUAUCGACCGACUACGUCUUUCCCGGCGUGCAGGGGGAAGCACCCUACACGACCAACCACACCCCAAAACCUACGAACGUCUACGGGCAGACCAAGCUAGACGGAGAAAAAGCGGUGCUCAAAUACCCAGGCACAAUCGUCCUGCGAGUGCCCGUGCUCUAUGGCCCGGCCGUCGAAAACAAAGAAAGCGCAGUCAAUAUCCUGAUGGACAGUCUCUACAAGUCCCAGAAAGAGCAGGUGCAGAUGGAUGACUGGGCGAUUCGAUACCCGACGAACACAGAGGACGUGGCCAGAGCGUGCGUGGACAUUGCGAAAACGAAGCCCAGGACACAAAUCCUGCAGUUCAGCAGUGAAGACCGCAUGACAAAGUACGAGAUCUGCCAGACGUUCGCUGAAAUCAUGGGUCUGCCUGCGGAUGGAAUCAUACCGAAUAAAGAUGGAGGGAAGCCUGGACCAGAUGGGACAAUGAGACCAUACGACUGUCACCUCGACACGAGCGAGCUGAAGAAAGCGGGAAUCGAUGUUUCAACAGUGGACUUUGUAGCAUGGUGGAGGAGAUAUGUAGGAGCAUUUCGACACUGAAGGAAGACUCGCUCCACGGCACAUUAAGACCAUACGUUUCUCGGCCAGGUGCAGGUUACAAGAGGGGGAAUCAUCUCAGCAGUGGACUUGCUGGCAUGAUGGACAAGAAAGGUAGGAGCAUGUCAACAUUCACAAUCCAUUUGCUUCACGGCACACCAAGAUCAUGAGAUUGUUGCCCGGAUGCAAGCUACAAGAGGAGGAAUUGGCAUCUCAACAG